AUGAGAGAUCCAGCCCUCAACAUGGAGGAAUCCUUGCAGCAACCAGUGACGAACGGGGAGUCUGAACCCCGCCGUCCCACGAAAUCCGCUCGUGUCGCAUUCGGUCCAGAACUCGAGACGACAAUCCCAGCACGCGAUCGCUCCCCGGCCCCAAUGAGUGGCCACCAACGAUCAUUCACUUCUGUGGAGCAAUUGUCCUCGUCUCUGGCACAACCUCCACGGCCAACAAGUUCCGGGGGAGAAAACGCGGGGACGUCAGAAGCGGAGCCACCCCGGCGUCCAUCUGCGCGUGGCUCCGAGAAGGGCCGGCCAGCGAUGCUGAAACGAGCUCGGAGUGACUUUGGCCCCAGCGCCAUCACCUUCGAUAAGUCCCUCGGGGAAGAGGAGGAAGACUUUGCGAUGCGUCAUGGCUGGCAGGAGGAAUACACCUCCAGUGAAUACUUGAAAAUCCUCCAUUCAAAUUUCUACAUGUAUUUCACCGAGAAGCGUCAUGAAACAAACGGCAUCCCACGCGAUCCCGACGGAAGCUGGCCUACGCAGGAAUGGCGCAUGAAGGACAGACUGAAGACGGUCUCGGCUGCCCUGGCCAUCUCAAAUCCGACGUCGAAGCUUGAAUGCUGGGUCGAUCCCACCUCCACCACGGCGGGCGCGCAAAAUAAAAUCAUGGAACAAAUCGGCAAAAAGCUGCAGGAACAGUACGAGACAUUGAGUCUGCGCACGAGAUACAAGCAAUAUCUGGAUCCAUCCGUUGACGAAACCAAAAAGUUCUGCAUGUCUCUCCGUCGAAAUGCCAAGGAUGAACGAGUGUUAUUGCACUACAAUGGCCAUGGUGUUCCGCUACCCACCGCGUCUGGCGAAAUUUGGGUCUUCAACAAAAACUACACGCAGUACAUCCCGGUUCCAUUGUACGACCUCCAGUCGUGGCUCGCAGGGCCUAGCCUGUUCGUCUUUGAUGUGUCCCAUGCCGGCAACAUCGUUCACAACUUCCACAAUUUUGUGGAAAAGCACGAGAAAGAGAACGCCGAGGCUAAGAAGCGCGACCUUAAUGCAGUGGUGCAAAAUUACAGCGACUGUAUCCUCUUGGCAGCCUGUCAGAAAGACGAGUCACUACCAACGAAUCCCGACCUUCCUGCUGAUCUCUUCACUUGUUGUCUUACGACCCCCAUCGAGAUCGCCCUGCGCUUUUUCAUCCUGCAGAAUCCACUACGGAGUGAUCUUUCCAUUGACGAUUUCAGAGUUCCCGGUCGUCUCCAGGACCGUCGCAGCCCACUAGGAGAGCUGAACUGGAUUUUCACAGCCAUCACGGAUACGAUCGCUUGGAACACCUUGCCUCGUGCUCUGUUCAAGAAGCUCUUCCGCCAAGAUUUGAUGGUCGCUGCCCUUUUCCGCAAUUUCCUGCUCAGUGAGCGCAUCAUGCGGACCUACAAAUGCCACCCGAUUUCUUCUCCCGAGCUUCCGAAAACGCACGACCAUGCCUUGUGGAAAAGCUGGGAUCUUGCGGUGGAGAUGGUGCUGUCGCAACUGCCUGCUCUCAUUGACCACGACGAGGGCCGACGGCAGUACGAGUACCAGCAUUCACUCUUCUUCGCCGAGCAGCUCACCGCGUUCGAAGUUUAUCUAUCCUCUGGACCCACGGAGAAGAAUCCCCCAGAUCAGUUACCUAUCGUUUUGCAAGUUCUGCUCAGCCAGGCCCAUCGGCUGCGCGCUCUCAUUCUCCUGAGCAAAUUCCUCGAUCUGGGCCCAUGGGCUGUUCAUCUGGCCCUCAGCAUUGGUAUCUUCCCUUACGUCGUGAAGUUGCUGCAGUCCGCUGCCCAAGAAUUGAAGCCUGUCAUGGUCUUCAUUUGGGCGCGCAUCAUGGCUGUAGACAACACGGUCCAGAUGGAUCUAUUAAAGGACAACGGCAUCCACUACUUUAUCUCAAUUCUGAACCCUUCUUCCCCCAUCCCGGUGGGAAAUGCCAGCGAGCAUCGCGCCAUGUGUGCCUUCAUCGUCUCUCUCUUUUGCAAGAACUACCCCCAGGGUCAGAAUGUCUGUCUCUCCGGUGAUUUGUUUGACUCCUGUUUGAAGCAUCUGGGUGAUGUUGAGAAUCCCUUGCUCCGUCAAUGGUCGUGCCUCUGUCUCAGCAUGCUCUGGCGCGAUUUUCCCGAAGCUAAGUGGAUGGGCAUUCGCUGUGCAGCCACCACCAGACUCUGCGAGUUGAACUUCGAUCCUGUGCCAGAAGUUCGUGCUGCUAUGCUUCACGCUGUGACUACGUUCCUCGGUAUCCCAGACUUGACUGAUCAAGUGGCUCAGAUUGAGGAAUCUCUGGCUAUGGCGGUGUUGCCAAUGGCGGCUGAUGGAAGCGUUCUUGUCCGAAAAGAGCUUGCAGUAUUCUUCUCCACCUUUGUGAAGCGUCAUCAGAACAAGUUUGUGGUAGCUGCGUACGAAGAGCUGCAAGAUGAAAAGCGAUCCUUGAUUCAGCGUCUUCACCGCGAAAUGCCACAGCCCACUCGGUUCGAUGCAGCGCAUGAAGAAUCAUCCGCUGAAUCAAAGCAAGUUCAAUUGUCUCGAAAUACCACAUUUGGAACCAUCUGGAAGCAAGUACUCAUCCUUGCUGUCGAUCCUCAUCCGGAUAUCGCUCAGGAUGCGGGGAUUAUCGUCGACUUCAUCCACAUGGCCCUUUUCGAAUCGCCAAUGGCGUCGCUCGCCGACAAGAUCAGGAUUGAGAUUUUGGACCUUACAAACCGAGUAGCGCAGCGCUAUCAGGUUUUGGAACGGACGGAGGCGAAGAAGUCUGCUCCCCCUUUGACACCUCCUUCAUCAAACACAGCGCCCACUAAGCAGGAAGGCUUUGUCUCACUGAGUUUCAGACGAACUGCUAGCGUUGCUGCUUCUCUGAAAAACCUUGCAUUUGGUGGUUCUGCGACGGACUCGACUGAGAACUCAGGUCCACCCUCACCCACCUCAAAGAGCCGAAUGCCCAUGACGCCCCGUGGUCGCGCUCCACCCGAGUGGACUCGUCCUCCGGAGGUCAACGAUCAUGUCGCUCCAGCCACUGCUUACCACCAAGCUCCGAUUCCUACCUCUCGAGGGUUCCGAGCCAGGAAAUUCGACGAGGCACCAAUUAUCCCGCUGAAGAGUCGUUUCCUAGACUGGUCGACGGAGUACUUUCGUGAACCCCAAAUGAAGCCAAACGAACCUGAUGAGCCUGGUAGUGCCGACUACAACGAGCGGCUUUGGCGACGGGGUCGAAAUGAGAAGAUAAUCUCGGAGACACAGCCGCUCAAGGUAAAGGCUGGCACCAGCCGCUGGGAUAAUUCCAUCACCCUUCUUUCCAACAGCAGUCAGCCCUUGAAGAUGUGUUUUCAUCAGUUCGAAGAUCACCUUGCAGUUGCAGAUGAUCGGGACACCAUUGCAAUUUGGGAUUGGCAAAAUCACAGACGACUCAAUCAGUUCUCCAACGGCAACCCUGUUGGGUCCAAGAUCAAUGAAGUCCGUUAUAUCAACGAAGAUGACCAGGCUCUUCUUCUGACUGGCUCCUCCGACGGUGUGCUCAAGCUUUUCCGCCAGUACGAGUCAUCGAAGAGGAUUGAGGUUGUGACUGCCUUCAGAGCUCUGCCGGAACUAAUUCCGAGCAACCGAAACGCUGGCCUCGUACUAGAUUGGCAGCAAGGACAAGGCAAGGCCUUGGUCGCGGGUGAUGUUAAGGUCAUUCGAGUAUGGAACGCGGCCACAGAGGUGUGCACGAAUGAUAUUCCUGCCCGGUCCGGAUCAUGCAUCACAUCCUUGACCUCCGACCAGGUGGCUGGGAACAUCUUCGUGGCGGGCUUCGGCGACGGUGCCGUUCGAGUGUUCGACCAGCGCCUCAAGCCAACCACAUCGAUGGUUAAGGUUUGGCGUGAGCACAAACAGUGGAUCACGAACGUUCACAUGCAGCGUGGCGGACUACGUGAGCUUAUUUCAGGCAGCCGGAAUGGUGAAGUUCGCUUGUGGGAUCUCCGCAUGAAUAGCGCCCUCUCCACCAUACUCGCGACUAAAGAUACCCUCCGUACCUUGAGUGUGCAUGAACAUGCCCCUGUCUUCAGCAUGGGCACCAACCGGCACGAAGUCAAGACCUACAACGUCGACGGCACAUACCUCUCCAGCUACGAGCCUUAUUCGAGUUUCCUCCAGCACAACCGCUCCUCUCCUAUUGCUGGAACAGCCUUCCAUCCACACCGCACCAUGCUUGCCUGUGCUGCAUUGAAUGACCACCAUAUCAAUCUGGUGUCCUGCUAG